GUAAAGAAGCUUCAACACGAAGGCGGUGGUGAUAUGCGAGGGAGAUCAAUCUUAGUCUUUGCUGGCACCCUCCUGUCUCAUUUUACCUCGAAGGGAAACUUAUUUUCGGAUGCUUUUUCUUUGGAUCCAUUGAAAAACAAAGAUCCAACUGCAAGUUCAUCAUCCGGAUUUUCUCGGCGACAAUGGUUCAAAAUACCUAUUGCUUUGGGAGGUGCUACUAUCUAUGGUAAACUUUUGUCGGGCGCCGUGAAGAAAGUGGCGCGAGGAGAUUUGGAAUAUCCCACUGCCCAUGAAGAUAGAAUAAAAGAUACGAUCAGAAUAGCUGCAAUAGCUUCUAUUCCUGCCGUUCCAAGCAAAAACGAAAACGAUGUAGUCACAAGGCUUGAACGCCCACUUCGUAUAUUGGAGGUCGGGUGUGGUAAAGAUUGUAGAAUCAUACGAAGGAAUUUAUACGACGAUGCUUUCUUCGAUCUUGCAUCCAGUGGUAUAACAAAAAUCGAACUAACUGGUGUGGACAUUCUCUCGCCAUCAACUGAAGCAAUCCAUAGCGCCAAAGAUGUCCUGUCUCAGAGGGUAGAAAGUAGCAAGCUAGAUAUCUCCUUCGAUUAUGUUAAAGGCAGUCUUAUGACAGGGUUAGAUUUUGACGAUGGAUUCUUCGACUGCGUUAUAUGUUCACUCACGCUGUGCUCCGUUGACGACCAAGUUGGAGCUUUGACUGAAAUCAAACGGGUAUUGAGACAAAAAGGUGGUUCUUUUGGCUACGUUGAGCACGUCGCCGUGAAUGGCGAUGAACCCUAUCGAUUAUUGGAGUUUCAACAAGAGCUCUUUGAUGGCUUACAGCAACUGGUGGCUGACAAUUGCCAUUUGCACCGUUUCACGGAGGACAACAUAUAUCGAAUAUUUGGUGUUUCGGAAGGAACAAGCACCGCAAUAGCAAGAGAUCGCUUCCUCGUCGACGAAAUGUGGCCAAUUUCUUGCCAAACGAGUGGUGUAAUAAAAUUAUUAUAGCUUUCAACACGCGCUACAAGCAUAAGAGUGUUUCAAAGGUUUGGUUUCACAACUAAGAAACUACAUUUUUGUAG